ACGGAUCUGAUCAAAAUUUCAAAGACUUUGUACUCAUAAUUUCUCUCUGGUCUCUCUCUCCGUCUCUCUCUCAUGGAGAAUUGUAAGCAGCCACUUCUCUCCCAAAGUGAAGAUGAGCAGAUGUAUCCAGAUAAUCCACACGGCAUUCUGAUAGCAUCAAAUAGUUCUUUCUAUACAUCGUCCUUCGUUGUCGAUGAAAAUGACAUCCAGCCCAUCAAUGGAGUUAGAGAUUUCUUCAGAGAGUUAAAGGUUGAGUCAUGGAAGCUCUGGAAAAUCGCCGGACCGGCCAUCUUCACCUCCAUUUGCCAAUACACCCUCGGUUUCAUUACUCAGACCUUCGCCGGCCAUCUCGGAACUCUUGAACUCGCCGCCAUCUCCAUCGAGAACAAUGUCAUCGCGGCCCUCUCUAUUGGGAUCAUGUUGGGAAUGGGAAGUGCGCUGGAAACACUUUGUGGACAAGCUUUUGGAGCUGGGCAGAUCAAUAUGUUAGGGAUCUACAUGCAGAGAUCAUGGGUUAUCCUCAAUGCCACUGCCCUAAUACUGAUGCAAGUCUACAUCUUCGCCGCGCCGCUUUUGAGGCUCAUCGGACAGACAGAUGAGAUAUCGGAGGCAGCCGGAACUUUAGCAGUGUGGAUGAUUCCUCAGCUCUUUGCUUACGCGAUGAACUUUCCGAUAUCAAAGUUCUUGCAGGCGCAGAGCAAGAUCAUGGCAAUGGCGGUGAUCUCCGCGGUGGCUUUACUCUUCCACACCUUCUUCAGCUGGUUGUUUAUGCUGAAGUUGGGGUGUGGACUGGUGGGUGGAGCCAUUGUGCUGAACUUGUCAUGGUGGUUCAUAGUGGUGGCUCAGCUUCUGUAUAUCUUGAGUGGGACUUGUGGUAGUGCUUGGUCUGGCUUUUCAUGGAAGGCCUUUCAGAAUCUGUGGGGCUUCGUUAGGUUGUCUCUUGCAUCUGCUGUAAUGAUCUGCUUGGAGAUAUGGUAUCUUACCGUAUUAAUUCUCUUUGCUGGAUUUUUAAAGAAUGCAGAAAUUUCAGUGGACGCCUUCUCCAUAUGCAUGAACAUCUUGGGCUGGAUAAUCAUGGAAGCUAUUGGAUUGAAUGCAGCCGUAGGAGUAAGAGUGUCAAAUGAACUCGGUGCAGCCCACCCUAGAACGGCCAAAUUCUCGGUGGUUGUGGUCGGAAUAACUUCGUUCUUGUUCGGCCUCUUCCUCGCAAUGAUUCUGAUGAUCAACCAGAAGCAGUACCCAUCCAUAUUUACAGACAAUGCAGAAGUCAAAGAGCUUGUAUAUGAGCUUACACCAUUGCUAGCACUUAGCAUUGUCAUUAACAAUGUUCAACCUGCUCUCUCUGGGGUGGCCAUAGGAGCAGGGUGGCAAGCAAUUGUUGCAUAUGUGAACAUUGGGUGCUACUAUGUGUUUGGUGUCCCUGUGGGUCUCAUCAUGGGUUACAAACUUGACAUGGGCGUCAAGGGAAUUUGGUGGGGAAUGCUGAGUGGAACAGUUUUACAGACAUUCGUCCUUUUCUGGAUUAUCUAUAAAACAAAUUGGAAAAAAGAGGCUUCUAUUGCUGGUGAAAGAAUAAAACAAUGGGGAGGGGAAUCAGAUGUGAUAGAGCAUGAUGUAGAAAGAAGAAACCGAGAAGAGAAAGCGUAACAGAAGAAGAAGCCAUGGAUGCACAAAAUUUAGCAAAAUUUAUUUAUUUACAAGUGAGAAUAAUCCAAGUUUGCUUCAUCUUCCUGAUCCAAACAGAUUCAAUUCUUCUCAACCUGAUCGCAUCAAAUUGAUCCCUUCCACUCCUUCUCUACUUCUUGUGCUUGAAAAUUCUUCACACACACACACACACGGUUGGUAUGCUCUUGGAUGAAGUGGUUGGUUGUUGUUUUCUUUCUUUUUCCUAGUUGGUACUCACACACACAUGUCUCCACUGAGACUCGAACUUCUGACCUUCCUUUGGGAAGUAGGGGUUUGGUACUGCUAGGCCACUGGCCUAUUAUUUUCUGGUUUUUUGAUGUAUUUUUGUAUUAUUGCUGUUGUUUGGAUUUAGCCUUUCUGGUCUGCUAUGGCCUGUAACUUGGUUUGCUCUGCAACUUUGUUGGAUAUGUAAAAUCUUAUUUAAUAAAAUAAAUAAAUACUAAUAAUAAUCCAUUGUUUCACCAA